AUGGAUCUUCGGAGAGCUUGCAAUCUCACAGUGCUGCUCCUUUCUCUUUUCUUUGCACAUUAUAAGGUGAUUUCAGGGGAUUCUACGGUUGUUUUCCUCGAUAGCCCUACUCACCAGUACCUUCGCCAGUCAUCAUCUCAGUCAGGUUCAUUCUCCCCAUCUGAAAUUAGUGCAGCUGCAUCAGUGCUGCUUGGCUUCGCACCGUAUCCUACAGUAACUGCUGCCAGCUCAUCCAAGCUAAAUGAGGUGCUUAUGCCUAAUCCAUUUGAUAGGCCCCGUGCCUUGUUGCUGCUUGAAGUCACAGGAGCUGAAGAGUUUGAACUUGUUGCUGACAAAGGUGAAUCCCCACUAAGUGGUGCUCUGAGAAUCAAGGUUGCAGGCAAUGAAAGAGCUGACAUUCAGCUCAUAGGUGAAGAUGAAGUGUCUUUGGUAUCACUGAAUGAAGGAUCAAGUGUUACAGAAUGUUCAGAUAAAGAACUAAGUGAAUUUGCGUCUUGGAUGGGUGGAUCAUACAUUGAAGAUAAAUCCAGGCCAUUGCAUGGAGAGUUAAUUCUUCCAACGUCCAAUGGUUCUUUUAUGAGACUUCAUUUAUCAGAGAGGGCUGACAUGGAAUUCGCAACAAGUCUUAUGUUGCUCGUCAAUAAAAUUAAACACGCAAAGAAGAUUCAUCAAGUUUUCACAAAAAAUGAGAUCAGUCCAGCAGAGCUAUUUACUGGGAGAUUUGAUGGAAUUAAGGCUUUGCAAGAUAAUUAUGGAAAAGAAGGAAUUGCACAAAGUGGGUUGGAAGUGUUUGUCAAUUCCAUCUCAAAAGCAGUCAAUUUGAUUCAGUCAGUAUACCAAGGACAAAUUGUUGGAAUUAUAGCCCAUGGUGACCAACUAGGCUUCCAAGUCAAAUUAAAUUCUCAGCGAUCUGCUCGUCAGCUGGCGGAAACUGAAACCUCACCUGAUAUCGCCAAGCUUGCAGAAGUGUUGUUUGUUAGAAGGGCUUUGGCUUGGAUUACUGGAAUCAUUCUCCUUAUUGCGACUCUUCUGGGGAUCCUCUUUCUUAUGAACAUGCCACUCACUAAGGACACCCUUCUGUAUUCCAACGUGAAGCUCGACUGA